UGAAAAACACUUGGUUAAAAAAUUUUAAAAAUGUAUCAGAAGAGAUUAGGACUUAGAAUUUCUAGUAUAUAAAUUAAGACAUUUUAUUCACUUGAUCUUUUAAGCAGAGUUUUUAAGUAAGACACAGUAGGCCAUGGACUGUAUUCAUAGUCUGAUAUUAAAGUGUACUUAGAGAAUUUAUUCCUUUAUAAAUUAUUCAAAUGGAGUAAAUAAGCAGGAUUUACGGGGGGAGGGCAGUCAGUGGGCUGUUGACUUGAAUAUCUUACUAAGCUUUAAAGAUGUUUUCUUGAGGGGCAGAUGUUGGUUUGAGGAAUUCUCAAUCAGUGUAUUGGCUUGGAAGUGAAAGAAUCUGGAAAGCUUGUGCUUCUUUACAAAUCUCCUGCGUAUACUGAGAUCAGAAGGUACAGUCUGGUGUGUGGAGGCAGAUGUGAUUUUGGCAGCGUGGAUCCAGAAGGUUGGGUUUCCACUUAUGUCUCACCACUUCGAGCACUGUGCCCUAGAUGUCUUAUUUACCUCUAUCACUUCCAUCUUCUUUUGCAGACUUAUCCCUGUAACACCUCUACCUCCUAAUUGUACAGAUUUUUUGUGAGAAUUGAAUGUGCUCAUUCUAAUGUGAAUGAAACAUUUUAUUUAGCUUGCAAAAUACUUUACCGAUGUAAGAUGGCAGUAUGAGGUGUCAGAAAAGUUUUGUUUUUAGUGGCAUAGCGUUUUUAAAAAAUGUUUGUUUAUUUUUGAGAGCACAGAGACAGAAUGCGAGUGGGUUAGGGGCAGAGAGAGAGGGAGACACAGAAUCUGCAACAGGCUCCAGACUCUGAGCUGUCAGCACAGAGCCCGACGCGGGGCUCGAGCUCACAAGCUGUGAGAUCGUGACCUGAGCCGAAGUCAGUCACUCAACAAACUGAACCACCCAGUCGCCCCAAGCAUAGCAUAUUUUAACUUCAGUUUAGCUUGGUUUAAGUAAAGAAAAGGGCAGAAAUCUACAUUCAUCAAUGCACUAAUUAGACAUUUUUAAAUGUAAGUUUUUGGUCAUAAUUUCUACAUGCUGCUGAAGAAAAAUAUUCAGAAAACACAUGGUUUUUUGGAGAGUGGGUUUAGGUUUAAAUGACUGAUCCUUCUGAUGUCUUUUAAAUAUUCAUUAUUAAAUUUUUGAACUGGACAUAGUUAAUCUCUUGGGAGCAUUUUACAUACAGUGCCUUGUUAAAGUUGCAAGAUACAAAAUAUGCAAAAAUCUGUUGCAUUUCUAUGUACUAAUGAACUAUCAGAGAAGUUAAUAAAAUUAUCCCUUUUAUACUUGCAUCAAAAAUAAUAAAAUACCCAGGAAUAAAUUUACUACUAACAAAAUUUGAUUAGUCAAAUUCACUUUGAGUGUUAUAUUAGGGAAUCAGUGAAAUGCUCUGGGGGGUGGCAAUUGUGGCUGAAUCCACAUUUCAGGAAAAAAAUGACAGUUUGUUUUGUUGGUCUGCGCGUGCAGUGAAUCCUCAGCCUCGCAGCAGGGGCCCUCUGGGGAUGUUGGCAUGCACAGCCCAUCAGUGACAGCCAAGCUGUCAGGAGGUGACUUCUGAAGGGGAAUAGAGUUCUUGCUGCUGCCUGUAUUCCAAGUGUAUAGAGUGGGCUGUAGGAUCCCAAUCCUAAAGAGAAGAAAUUUGAUUCCAGUGCUUAGCACACAAAGCAAUGAGAAAUUUAAUCAUUAUUAAUGUAACUAUCAGAGGCUUACCUUCAUAAUAAAGGAAGUUCGUUUUCAUACCUACAUUUAGUCCCUCCUGCUGCCAUUAAUGUUUCUGGUUACAAAAUCUCAUCUCAGCAGUGUUUCCAAGAAUGGCACUUUGUGCCCUGUGGUCCCUUCUGUCAUCUGGUCCCUGUGAAACCCUUGAAUAAACAAACUCAGGACCCCCUCCUUGCUGUGGUUCCAGUUGUUGCUUGGAGUCUACAGGAUCACUCUCCUUGUGCAAACAGAUUUCUGCUAUGUUGAGCAUGUAGCUCUCAUCCUUGGAGUUGUCUUUCACAUGAAUUGCUCACAGAAUUGUACCAGAAAGAAAUUGUAAAGGCUCUCAGAUGCAGUUCUGUAAAACAGAACACCAAAAAGAAGAAAUACUAUGUGGAAAACUGCCAAAGUUGAAUACAGUUCUAUUAAAAACACCUUUGGGCAUGACAGGUUUCCACUUGAGUGGCACAGUGACAGAACCUGCAAUACAAUCGGAGCCAGAAACUGUUUGCAACGUGGCCAUCAGCUUUGAUCGUUGCAAGAUUACCUCAGUGACCUGCAGCUGUGGAAACAAGGACAUAUUUUAUUGUGCUCAUGUUGUGGCACUGUCUUUAUACCGCAUCCGCAAGCCAGAUCAGGUCAAACUGCAUCUUCCCAUUUCAGAGACUCUCUUUCAAAUGAAUAGAGACCAACUACAAAAGUUUGUACAGUAUUUGAUCACAGUGCACCACACAGAAGUCUUGCCAACUGCUCAGAAAUUAGCAGAUGAAAUUCUUUCCCAGAAUUCAGAAAUCAACCAAGUUCAUGGUGCUCCUGAUCCAACAGCAGGUGCUAGUAUAGAUGAUGAAAACUGCUGGCACUUAGAUGAAGAGCAGGUUCAAGAACAGGUUAAACUGUUCCUUUCCCAGGGCGGGUACCACGGAUCAGGGAAGCAGCUUAAUUUGCUCUUUGCAAAGGUGCGGGAGAUGUUGAAGAUGAGGGACUCUAAUGGGGCCCGCAUGUUGACGUUGAUAACAGAGCAAUUCAUGGCUGACCCUCGUCUGUCACUUUGGAGACAACAAGGCACUGCGAUGACUGACAAAUAUAGGCAGCUCUGGGAUGAGCUGGGUGCUCUGUGGAUGUGCAUAGUUUUAAACCCCCACUGCAAGUUGGAACAGAAAGCCAGUUGGCUAAAACAGCUGAAAAAGUGGAACAGUGUUGAUGUCUGUCCAUGGGAAGAUGGAAAUCAUGGCAGUGAAUUACCCAACUUAACCAAUGCUUUGCCUCAGGGUGCAAAUGCUAACCAAGAUUCAUCGAACAGGCCACAUCGGACAGUGUUCACCCGAGCCAUCGAGGCAUGCGAUCUCCACUGGCAGGAUAGCCACUUGCAGCACAUUAUCAGCAGUGACCUAUACACCAACUACUGUUACCAUGACGACACUGAAAACUCCCUCUUUGACUCCCGAGGGUGGCCCCUCUGGCAUGAACAUGUUCCUACAGCUUGUGCAAGAGUGGACGCAUUACGUUCUCAUGGGUACCCCAGAGAAGCCCUGAGACUAGCAAUAGCUAUUGUUAACACGUUAAGAAGACAGCAACAGAAACAGUUGGAAAUGUUCCGGACUCAGAAAAAAGAGCUACCCCAUAAAAGCCUCACCUUGAUAACCAAUCUGGAGGGCUGGGUUGGACACCCCCUGGACCCUGUGGGCACUCUUUUUAGCAGCCUUAUGGAAGCUUGCCGAAUUGAUGAUGAAAGCUUCUCUGGGUUCUCCGAUUUUACAGAGAAUACGGGACAGUGCAAGUCUCUGGAAUACCAGCAUCUCCCUGCACACAAAUUCUUAGAAGAGGGGGAAUCCUAUUUAACACUAGCUGUGGAAGUCGCCUUGAUAGGGCUGGGACAGCAGCGUAUCAUGCCUGAUGGGCUGUACACACAAGAGAAGGUUUGCCGGAAUGAGGAGCAGCUCAUUUCCAAGCUUCAGGAAAUUGAAUUGGAUGACACACUGGUGAAAAUUUUUCGCAAGCAAGCAGUCUUCCUAUUAGAAGCCGGACCAUAUAGUGGUUUAGGCGAAAUAAUCCAUCGGGAGAGCGUUCCAAUGCACACAUUUGCCAAGUAUCUCUUCACCUCUCUCCUACCUCAUGAUGCUGAAUUGGCAUACAAAAUUGCACUGAGAGCAAUGCGGUUACUAGUAUUGGAAUCUACUGCUCCAACUGGAGACCUCACCCGCCCACACCAUAUUGCGUCAGUUGUUCCCAACCGAUAUCCUCGUUGGUUCACUCUAAGCCACAUAGAAUCCCAGCAGUGUGAGCUGGCAUCCACCAUGCUAACUGCAGCCAAAGGCGACGUUCGGAGGCUGGAAACAGUAUUAGAAUCCAUCCAGAAAAACAUUCACUCCUCAUCCCACAUCUUCAAGCUUGCCCAAGAUGCAUUUAAAAUAGCAACUCUCAUGGACAGUUUGCCAGACAUCACUCUUUUGAAAGUGUCUCUGGAGCUGGGCCUGCAGGUUAUGCGAAUGACACUGUCCACCUUAAAUUGGCGACGGCGGGAGAUGGUGAGGUGGCUGGUGACGUGUGCUACUGAAGUGGGUGUCUAUGCCCUGGACAGCAUCAUGCAGAGCUGGUUUACGCUCUUUACUCCCACUGAGGCCACAAGUAUAGUUGCAACCACCGUGAUGUCCAACAGCACCAUCGUUCGCCUCCAUCUGGACUGCCACCAGCAGGAAAAGCUGGCCAGCAGUGCCCGGACACUUGCAUUGCAGUGUGCCAUGAAGGACCCUCAGAACUGUGCCCUCUCCGCGCUGACCCUGUGCGAAAAGGAUCACAUAGCUUUUGAGACGGCGUACCAAAUUGUUCUAGACGCUGCUACGACUGGCAUGAGCUACACCCAGCUCUUUACGAUAGCACGGUACAUGGAGCACCGUGGGUACCCCAUGAGGGCCUACAAGCUGGCCACCCUGGCCAUGACCCAUCUCAACCUGAGCUACAAUCAGGAUACACACCCUGCCAUUAAUGACGUUUUGUGGGCCUGUGCGCUCAGCCACUCCCUUGGUAAAAAUGAGCUUGCAGCUAUAAUACCUCUGGUGGUCAAGAGUGUCAAGUGUGCAACGGUACUGUCAGACAUUUUGCGCAGAUGCACUCUGACCACUCCUGGCAUGGUGGGACUUCACGGAAGGAGGAACUCUGGUAAGCUCAUGUCACUGGACAAAGCCCCCUUGAGGCAGCUCUUGGAUGCCACAAUUGGGGCCUACAUCAACACGACGCACUCAAGACUCACGCACAUCAGUCCUCGGCACUAUAGUGAGUUUAUAGAGUUCCUCAGCAAGGC